AUGGUGUUUUGUUCGUUCCGGUCCGGACGGAAGGCCGUUGCCAAAAGAAAAGGAAUCCAACACGCGCAGCGGCCUCGCCGCGUUCCAUUCCAUCUCCACCGGACCACCGCGCCACCGGCAAGCCGCGCCUCCGCCUCCGCCUCUCCAGUCUCCAGUGGACGCGCCGACGUCCUCCGCCUCAUCCACAAGCGCCUCCCGUGCUUUGUCGACUGGCGCCGCAUGCGCCAGGUGUGCCACUCCUGGCGCGACGCCGUCAAGGAGAAGCAGCAGCCGCCGCCAAGCCCGCUCCCGUUGGUCCUCCUGCCGAUCGCCGGCGGCCCCAUCUUCUCGUGCGCCGCCGGCGGCUGCGGAACCGACCGCUUCGACGUCCCGGACUACGCGCGCGCCGCUCGAUACUUCGGCGCCUACGGAGGCGGAUGGCUGUUCCUCAACUUCGGCAACAACUACGGCCUCCUCAGCCUCCGCACCAAGCAGCGCAUCCUCCUCCCCGAGAUCUUCCACCUCCAAUGGUUGCGUGGAUACAACAGGAGGAUUUUUAUGACAGCAGCGACCCUCUCUUCGCCACCGGAAGACGAACGCUGCAUCGCCGCCGCCAUCGGAUCGUACUGCCGGUACUUACCCCUGGCUAACCCGCGCGUUCACGCAUUCUGGCGCAUGAGGAGUGAGGAUGCGGUCGUGCCGACCAUUAACAGGGGCAACACUGGAUCAACUCUCGAGGACAUCAUACACCACAAGGAAGCCUUCCACUUCCUCACCGCGCAAGAACACCUCCAUGUGUUCGCACUACCGGAGUUCAAGGUAGACGGCUUCGGCAAUCUGGAGAUACCACCCAUGGAGAUUCGUCGCUUCGCGCGUGAUAGCCGCAAUUACGGCGAACACGCCGUUGUUCGCUACCUGGUGGAGUCCCGCGGGAAUCUCCUAAUGGUGGUUAGGAUCGUUCGUCCCCUUCCUGUGCUGCCGCCGGCGUUGUCGUUCAGGGUGUUCGAGAUGGUGGAGCCACCGCCGGGGACGCCCAUCAACAACGAGGAGACCCCAUACGCCUGGAACGAGUUGGAGUCGCUGGGUGGGAGGAUGCUGUUCCUCGCGCGAGGCUGCUCCAAAUCCUACGAGGUGGCCAGCUACCAGUGGUUGGGGUUCAGCGACACCAUCUACUUCCUGGACGACGGCGUCGACGAGAGAACCUACAACGAGCUCAAGGUGUUCUUCGACUUCGAUGCCACCGAACGGGAGUAUCCCUGCAGAGACAUCGGCAGGUGGCUGCCGGCCGUGGAGGCGGGUCCCCGCGUGGACAAGUUCUUGCCGGAGCAAGGCCCGUCGAACUACUCACCGCCGGCGUGGCUUCUCCCCUGAGAGUGCCCAUGUUAGUUUGAUCGCCGUGGCACAGGUGAUGCUUGCUGCUGAUCUUGCUGAGAUGUGCCUUGCUCUUGCUUAAUGCGGUUUGUAAGUACCCUAGUCCGUCUCCUCUCUGCAGAUUAUGUUGUCGUGCUGAUCAAAAGUUGCUGUUGCAUUCGUGUGAUUUGGCUGCUGUUGAUUUGUCCAGUUAGUGCAAUCUAUGAUGUUUCAUUCGAGCCUUCGAGUUCGAUGCGUUCUUGCAAUUGCUCGACCUAUGUUCAUCUUUUCGGCGUUUCCUUCUAUUUUUCGGCUCUUCAUGAUUACAUAAUGGAGAAACGGUUGGUGUUCAUGACUUGGAUUGCAUUAGUAUUUCAAUUCUGCGGGGUGAAAAUGUGUUUAAUUAGCACCAGCACUUAGCUUUUCUUAAUAGAAGCAUGCUUCUCUUAUGGGGAUCCAAGUAGAAU